GAGGUCCUGAUUUUUUCACUGGCAUCUGCAGGUGAUUCCGGAACUUGAACCUGGAUUUUGAUUGCGCACCGUGGAGAAAAGAUCUGCCUUCUAGCUACCAGCUUCAAAGCAGCUCAUCGAAUCGCAGAGUGAGUGAGCGAGGCUAACAGCCUCGCGGUGAGGGUGAAAUGUGUCCAAGGGACCGUUUGUCCAAAUAAACAUAAUUGAUGGGAGCUUGAGCAUUAUAUUGGCAAUAACUAAAAUUAGGUAAACACUCUAUUCCACAGUUAUCAGCAGUGCACAGUACUUCACAAUUCGGCCUAAGGUUCCUUGGACCAUCACCACAGCGGGUCGUGUCAGUGACGGAAACAUGAGGUGCUACGUUGCGUAUUAGUUAGAGGCUUAGCGGUCGUCCGGCAGAACUAGCAGAUAGGCUUUGCGCCUUAUGUUUGCGUUACGGACAUUGGCCUAUUCCGAAUGCACUUGCAACGAAGUCCCUUUAUCGUGUCAAGGAAUGCCCGUGCGCGAAAAGUGCUCUUGAACGAUGAAUUGAUCCUAGUUUCAAUGGCAUUCGGAAUUCUCGCCAACCACAUCGAGCUACACCGAAGAAAGGACGUUGCCUACGGACUGCGGCACAUCGUGCAUUCCGUCGCAGCAACGGUACUGUGGCUGACCGCUUUCCGACAAAUGUUAUAACGGUCGCUCACAACGGAGCUUUCGGCGCAUUGACUGUUUACUCGGCUGCCAUGUAUGAAAGCGAUACGACUUUUCUGCUCACUUUAUUAACAAGUUUUUCUAGCCUUUAAUUUUUGCAGAUUGGUUGGCCUGGCCUUAUUCCAAGUGCAGUUCCACUAAGGGCAUGACGGUGCUCUGCGAUUCUCGGAUAUAACCAGUCAUGGUCCUUAGCUGUACUUCGGUCGUCAGUCACUCCUGCCACCGCCAUUUUCCUUGGCUAGCACUUAGCAGAUGUCCGGACAGCUUGGAACCAGAGAAAGAUUGGCGACUGUGCACCUACGUGAAGAACUAUCCGAAAACUUCUUCAGUGAAGUGCCGAAUCUACUUCCCUGAGUUUGGAAUCACAUUAACUGUUCCAACAUUGUCAUCGGAUGGUCCAGUCCUGGAGCUUAUGGCUACUCUGGUGACGGAGCAACGCUGCUGCCACAGACGUUCUUCUGCUACAUCUCAGAUCAACUACCUGCCGUUUGCCUUUGUGUGGAUGGUUCCAGCGUGAACGAGGAAUACAACCGUGGAGUGUAGUACUGCUCUGGCCAUGAAGACGUGGUGUUGGCACCUCAUUGUCUUGCAGCGGCUGCUCAGGUGAACAUGUAACUAUAGUUAUAAUGAUUUGCUUUUACUAAGCUGCUUGUGCCCUUGGCAUCUGCAUAUCUACUGCAUAGAGUUUAAUUUUGUGUGGACGGCAACGUCGCGGGCAGCUUUUGAUUUUUGAACAUUUAUUUAUUUAUUUAUUUAUUUAUUUACAAUACCUUACAGGGCCCAGAGGCUAUUGAGUAAUGGGGACUAACAAGGAUAUUAUAAUAAAUGCAAAAGAUACCGGGCAAUAAGGGAGAGGGAAAGCAUUCCACACGGCUCGUACGAAAAAACAGCAACAAACAUAAGAGCAAAGUACACAAAACUAAACAAAAAAAAGAAAAGAAAGCAGGGGUUUACAAAACACAAUAGCCAAAAAGCGUGAUAUUAUAUACAAGACAAGCUUUAACGUUACAAUGUCACUUGAAAGUAUUUGCGCAGACGAUCAUGGAAUAACUGAUUGCUGCAUAUGGACGCAAUAUUAUCGGGAAGAUCAUUCCAACGAAUGAUGGUACGUGGAAGGCUUGAUGAA